AUGGAUGAUGAUUUGACAAUUGUUCGUAAUAAUCUUCAUAUGAAUAUGUUAUUAUGUUUAAUUAUUGUACAAAUAUUAUAUCUAUUUGGUAUUGAUCAAAUAAAACAUAAAUUUGGUUGUCAAAUAAUAUCUAUAUUACUUGAUUAUUUUCUUUUGGCAACAUUUUCAUGGAUGUUUGUUGAUAGUAUUGAAUUAUUAAUUGCAUUAAAACAUGUAUUUAAAAUUGAUCGAAUACGUUUAAUAGCUUAUUCAAUAUAUUCAUAUGGAUUUCCAUUAUUAAUUGUUUUUCUUUCAAUAGUACUUUCAACAAAAAAUAAACAUAGUUCAACAACAUAG